CGCGGGCAGCAGCGGCUGGCGCAGGCCGGGCGCGGAGCUGGUGGCGGUGACAGGCGGCGCGGGCCGGCGCCCCCUUCCCCACGCGGCGCGCGGCGUCCCGAGGCCACCGCCCGAGCCGCGCGAUGGAGCCCGCCGUGUCCCUGGCCGUGUGCGUGCUGCUCUUCCUGCUGUGGAUCCGCGUGAAGGGGCUGGAGUUCGUGCUCAUCCACCAGCGCUGCGUUUUCGUGUGCCUCUUCCUCCUGCCGCUCUCGCUCAUCUUCGAUAUCUACUACUACGUGCGCGCCUGGGUGGUGUUCAAGCUCAGCAGCGCGCCGCGGCUGCACGAACAGCGCGUGCGGGACAUCCAGAAGCAGGUGCGAGAAUGGAAGGAGCAGGGCAGCAAGACCUUCAUGUGCACGGGGCGCCCCGGCUGGCUCACCGUCUCGCUGCGUGUUGGGAAAUACAAGAAGACACACAAAAACAUCAUGAUCAACCUCAUGGACAUCCUGGAAGUAGACAUCAAGAAACAGAUUGUCCGCGUGGAGCCCUUGGUGACCAUGGGUCAGAUGACCGCUCUGCUGACCUCCAUCGGCUGGACUCUGCCCGUACUGCCCGAGCUCGAUGACCUCACAGUGGGGGGCUUGAUCAUGGGCACAGGCAUCGAGUCGUCAUCCCACAAGUACGGCCUGUUCCAGCACGUCUGCACAGCCUACGAGCUGGUCCUGGCCGAUGGCAGCUUUGUGCGAUGCACGCCGUCUGAAAACUCAGACCUUUUCUAUGCCGUGCCCUGGUCCUGUGGGACACUGGGCUUCUUGGUGGCCGCCGAGAUCCGCAUCAUCCCCGCAAAGAAGUACGUCAAGCUGAGGUUUGAGCCAGUGCGGGGCCUGGAGGACAUCUGUGAAAAGUUCACCCGCGAGUCCCAGCGGCCGGAGAACCACUUCGUGGAAGGGCUCCUCUACUCCCUGGAUGAGGCCGUCAUCAUGACGGGGGUCAUGACGGACAAAGCAGAGCCCAGCAAGUUGAAUAGCAUUGGCAGCUACUACAAGCCGUGGUUCUUCAAGCACGUGGAGAACUACCUGAAGACAAACCGAGAGGGCCUGGAAUACAUUCCCCUGAGACACUACUACCACCGCCACACGCGCAGCAUUUUCUGGGAGCUCCAGGACAUCAUCCCCUUUGGCAACAACCCCAUCUUCCGCUACCUCUUUGGUUGGAUGGUGCCUCCCAAGAUCUCCCUCCUGAAGCUGACCCAGGGUGAGACCCUGCGCAAGCUGUACGAGCAGCACCACGUCGUGCAGGACAUGCUGGUGCCCAUGAAGAGCCUGCUGCAGGCCCUGCACACCUUCCACAAUGACAUCCAUGUGUACCCCAUCUGGUUGUGCCCGUUCAUCUUGCCCAGCCAGCCAGGCCUGGUGCACCCCAAAGGAAACGAGACCGAGCUCUACAUUGACAUUGGCGCCUAUGGGGAGCCACGCGUGAAGCACUUUGAAGCCAGGUCCUGCAUGAGGCAGUUGGAGAAGUUCGUCCGAAGCGUGCAUGGAUUCCAGAUGCUGUAUGCCGACUGCUACAUGAACCGGGAGGAGUUCUGGGAGAUGUUUGAUGGCUCCCUGUACCACAAGCUGCGGGAACAGCUCAAUUGCCAGGACGCCUUCCCAGAGGUGUACGACAAGAUCUGCAAGGCCGCCAGGCACUGAGCUGGAGCCCGCAGGGAGAGAGACGUGGGUGGAUCCUGUCUCCCUGGGCUAGCAGCAUCUUCCCUUCACUCAAGCCUGGCUGCUCUCUCAGAUCUACUUUUCAGAAAGAAACCCCUCCAGAAAUCCCACCCAGACCGCCCCAGCAGCUUCCUCCCAGCUUCAGUAGCAGCCUAGUGGGGCAGAAAGAACAUGGGAUCUGUAAUCAGACAAACCUGAGUCCAGUUCCCAGUUUAGCCAUUCAUCAACUCUGUGACCCUGGGCAAGUUACUGAACCCCUCUGAACCCCAGUGUUUUCAUCCAUCGAGAGGGGACAGUUAUACUUAUCUGCAGGUUGUUGUCAUAUCAGUCAAGCACCUGUCACAUGUAGGUGCUGGAUAAGUGGUAGCUAUUAUGUUUGUUUCCCAUUCAGCAUCACAUCUGACUAGAAUGCUUUGGAUUCAGCAGUUGAGUCCAGCAAGGCUCCACAUUAGAUCACCUGCACACAGUUUUGGCUGGAAUUACAAAGGGGCUUCCCUGGUUGAGCUCCUCAUGGGGAGAAGGAAGUUUUCUCUCCAUCUCUGAGGUCUCAGGGGGCAACGGAUGGGGUGGGCAGGCCCAAGAAGUGCUGUGCCAAAGCCAGGUCCAAUUCCAAAGUUCUAUCUGCAAUCUUUGGUGAUAUCCUGCCCCUUCCUCCUUCACACAGGCCACCCCACCCAUUUCUGAGUCCCUUCAGAGAGGGACUGGGUUACAGGAGAAGACAUUUCAAAGCUGAUUCCCAUCCCAGCCUAGGUCUUGGACACCCCGGCUGACUGAAUUUGAUCCUGAGGACCUAGGCUCAUUCAUUUUGGUGUUCCAACCCACCAGGCCUCUUCUUGUCCCCAGAGCCCACUUGGUCAUAGUGGGGGUGCUUCCAUGCUGCUCUGUGGCAUGGGGGGCAGGAGCAGGGAGUGGUGGGAGAUGAGGCCGUGCCAGACAGGAAAACGGAGCCUGGCGUUGUCACGUUUCUGUGCGGACUCUCACUUGUGGGUCUGAGAGAAAAGAGCACCAUCAACUUUUUUACUUCCCCUACCACUCAUCUCCCUCUUUUUCUUUCUUUUCCCCCAGCUGUAGUUAAUUUCAGUGCCUUAGCUCCUAAGCUCAGAGGAAAAGUUAGCUCUGUUUCCGUUCCAGAGGGAAGGGAACCUCCCCGAGGUUCUUCCCCACUUACUACUAAAGCUUGGUUGUUUAUGCAACUCCAUCUUAAGAACUGUCCAGCCCCAGCUGAAAACCCAGAACCUGAAAAGGAGUUUUGUCAUGGAAGGAAAGGUGAAGUUAAGAGGGCUGUGCCAGGUAGUGUGACAUUCAGAGCACCCUGGACCAGGAGUCUGGAGACCUGAGUUUCAACCCCUGCUCUGUGGUCAACGAGCUGUCAGCUUGCAACCGCGGCAAGUCAUUUGUCUCUUGAGUUGCAGUUUCUCAUCUAUCACAUUGGUGCAGAGAAGAACUCCCCAGACCCUUCUGUUGCAGAGUACACCGUGGUUGCAAAACCCAGUGGAAAGCCUUGUUUGGGUUGAAAGAAAGUAAGAGGAAAACUAAGUGAUCAAGAUGGAUGCCUGGUUGGCUGUCAUUUAAGGUCCUUCUUUCAGUCCCAAGGCCAGUUUCCAUCUGAUUUUCAGAAAGAUGCCUCUGUGACUUGCAGGGAAGUGUUAGUCUUGUUGCUCCAGAUUGCCAGAAUCCUCUCAGAGCCACGCUUUGACCGAAGGCUGCUCACCCAGUCCACCCGGGUAUUGGCACGCUGCCAAGUGUCUAACGCUGGUCCUGUGAGUGCUGGGUGCUUCCAUGGCACUCAGAAGGCAAAGGAACCACCUUCACCAACUUGGCCUCUGGAGGGGGCAUAAGAAAAAAAAACAAAUCCCAUUCUCUAGCUUGUAUGCAAAGCACGUGCAUUCUGGCAUUAGCUCUUAGUAGGCCCAUGUGCUCCCUCGCUCGAUGCUAAACUGAUGACUCUACUUGCUGUAGAGGAAUGGUCAACACGAGCAAGAUUAACCCAGCAGCAAAUGCUCCAUCACUUCAUCGGGGAACCUCCAUCCCUAAGCCGCUGGGAGUGUGGUCAGAGAUGCCAGCAGCCUUUGUCACUCUUUGUCCUAUAAACCAAAACCCUGCCCUCCACAGACCACCCAGCACCCUGGGGCUUGGAAGGAAAGGUAUUUGGGGAUUGCACCAGCCUCAGGUGGAUGUUUUGCUCCAGUAAUAUCUUGCCUGGAGAGAGGCAGUCUUCCAAACGUGAUGAGCUGCAUUACUAGCUUGCUCUUGUAGCCAGUCCUGUCACUGUUCAUCCCUGUGGUAGUUGCAGGUGAAGUUAAACUUGGUGCCAGGGGACAGUGCAUGUGGAAAAGAAAAGAGUAGGCUUCUCCCCUCCAGAGCCCCAAGUUUCUUAGCUGCAUGAAGGUUUGCUAUAAAAUCAGGAUUGUAGCCAGUUUCUUUGACUGGAAGAAUGAACAGUGUAAUUGACAUUUCCCACAGGAAGGGAGGGGGUUGGGGGUUGGAGGUGGCAGUGUAUGCUGUAGGAUUUUUAUUUUUUUCCUGAUCAUGGGGGAAAAGGAGAAAGGCCCAAGUCACCCCUGCCGGGCUCCUGCAGCUACAGGCAUGCCUCCUGUCCAGAUCACAUAAUGUUCCUGCGGCUGUGUGCCUGCUAUGUCUGUGAAAAUAAAAGUAUGAUCUGGAAAUUA